CCUCCAUACAUGCAGCACCAGGGUCAGAACUCAGCGCCCAUGAUGCAUGGCUUAGGUCAGCAGGGGCCCAACAACAAAGCAGACCCUCGUGGGCCACCACCCAACCACCAUUUGGGGCCUCCUGACCGUCAGGGUCCUGGAGGGCCUGGUGGACCAGACCAGGGCUCGGGGCCUUACUGGGGGGACAAUCAGCAGAAUAGACGAGGGCCACAGGACUUUGAAGUAGGACAGGACUAUCAUGGGAGCAACGAGGAGAGCUGGAGACCUGGACCUGGACCGGGUUACCAGGGUGGAGGGGGGAGAGGCCACAGGGGGGGGGGGCACAGAGGAGGUGGAGGGAACGGAGGCAGCUGGGGAUCCGAUGAGAGGUUCGGAGGAGGAGAGUUUAGAGGACGCAGAGACGAUCGGUUCAGAGGGGGUGGGCCGGGCCGGCCUGGUGGUCGAAGUUACCCUGAUGAAUACAGCAGCCAGGAAUACGGCGGUCAGGACGAGGGCUUUGACAGCUUUGAGGGCUUUGACGGCCCGGAGGAGAUGGGCCGAGGCUGGGACAAGGGAGGCCGAGGUCGACCGCCCCGAGGGGGGGGGGCCAGGGGAGGAGGUCAUGACGGUUACAGAGACUCUCAGCAGAUGCAUGAUGGGUCGUCGCAAGCCACUCGUGAACGCUCAUCGUCCCUGCAGGGGAUGGACAUGGCGUCUCUGCCCCCCAGAAAGCGUCCAUGGCAGGACGGACCGGGAACCGGAGACCCUCGAGAGCACGAGUCCCUUGGACCUGAUGGAGGUCAUCCACCCCAGAGGGAGGACGGCGGUUAUGGUCCCUCUGGUCGAGGAGGACGUGGCGGCUGGGGUCCUGGUGGACUUGGACCAGGUCCCAGGAGGGGAGGCCCACCUCCCAGAGGCAUGCUGAGGGGUGGUGUGCGAGGUCGGUAGUCCUGCAGAACUAAACCCUUGUGGACUUCCUCCACUCUGGUUGUCUCUUUGCUGGACCCUCCACUGAUCUGAGACCAGAUCCUGAUGAACCCUCAGACUAACUUUUAGUCAUGUGACACUUUGAGAGCUCUGCUGCUGCUGCUGCUGUAAGGCUUGUGUUCUGAUGAGUACAUGCUGACUGCGCCGGGUUCAAGUGAAACACCUGAGGCGCAUCACACUGACGCCCAGGAUUGUUUUAUUGCAGAUCUGAGAACCACCACGUCGUCUUUAGUUUCACUCUGCAACUUGUUUUGUCCUUUUGUAAAAGAUUUCUAUGUUUUUGUGUUUUCACCAAGAUGGACAAUAAAGAUUCACUCUCUAAACUCCAUCGUUA